AUGGGUACUGACCUUGAGUUGAAACGAAAAAGUCGGAAAUUAGGAGAGAAGUUACUCAAGAAGAAAUCGUCUAGCAAAGUAUGGAAAGAGCAUAAAUUGCGUACGGCAGAAAAACGUGAAAAGGCAUUAUUGGCAGCUCAUGAGGAACUGAAGCGGCUCAGUAAAAAGGCGGAAUCAGAUCAACAUUCGAAAAAACAAGGAAGUAAAUUUUCAAUAUCGAUUGCUGUCCCUGGUUCUUUCCUCAACAAUGGACAAAGCUCUGAACUACGCACCUACAUGUCUGGGCAGAUUGCCCGUGCCGCCACAUUGUUCUGUGUAGACGAUGUGAUCGUCUACGAUGAAACGUGCAAAAUGACACAGGAGAAUAUUGACGCGUAUUGGUCUGGAAAGUGGAGAGGAGACAUAGCACCUUCUGAUUCGAAUUUCGAGGCAUGUUUUCACUUGGCACGGAUUUUGGAAUACGUUGAAUGCCCACAGUAUCUGCGAAAGUAUCUCUUCCCAUUUCAAAAACCGUUGAAGUACGCAGGUCUUCUGAACCCUCUUGAUGCACAACAUCACUUGCGAAGCGAUGAUGUUUCUAUACCAUUCAGAGAAGGAGUCGUCCUUGAUAAACCAACAAAGCCUGAACGAGGCUCACUGUGUGAUGUUGGUUUGGAAAAAGAGCUAGAACUCGAAGAUAAAGUUCACUUACCAGCUGCCACUCGUGUAACCAGUUCCAAACGGUACCGUGGCAAGCUCUUGAGCGCACGGAAAGUUCGAGAGAAAACCGGAAAAUAUUGGGGUUAUUCUGUGAAGUUGGCGACCAGUUUGAAGGAAGUGCUUGACAGGAAGAAGUUCGACGUAAUUAUCGGAACAUCCCCGCGGGGAGAACCAGUUGCUGAUAUGUUUCUCAACACAUUGAACGAUAUCCAUGUGCUCCUGGUUUUCGGCGGCGUUUCCGGAGUUGACGCAGCUCUUGAGGCUGAAGAAGCACUCACAGAAACACGAGCUGAGGAAGCCUUCGACAAACUAGUGAACUCAUUACCAAAUAAAGGAACUAACAGCGAGCGAGUUGAGGAGAAUGUUUUCGUAACCCUCGCUGAAAUUACUAUGCGUUUACAACAGUUAUGUUCACAGUAG